AGUCGCUGUGAAUCGUGAAGUUCUGGGGGAAGCUGCUUGGUCAACUCUUAUUCAAAACUUUAGACAGACUUAUUUAACUGCUGUUUUUACAAGCUGAAUCUGUAGUCUCGUGUCUAAUCCUGUUCGUACGCGUUACGUUACUUUCAGACGACUGUGAAGUGGCGUUUAAAGUGCUCCUCAUGGCAUUAUUUUGGGCGAGACAGCAGUAAUUAGCAGAGCCCUGUUGAUCAGAUCAGCCAGAGGUCGCAGAACUGCAGUGUAAGCGGUGGUCUGUCAGGACUGUAAGAUGACUGAGUAUAAGUUGGUUGUUGUGGGAGCAGGUGGUGUUGGGAAGAGUGCUUUAACUAUCCAGCUCAUUCAGAAUCACUUUGUGGAUGAAUAUGACCCUACUAUUGAGGACUCUUACAGGAAGCAGGUGGUGAUUGACGGUGAGACGUGUCUGCUGGACAUCCUGGACACUGCAGGUCAGGAAGAGUACAGCGCAAUGAGGGACCAAUACAUGAGGACAGGAGAGGGUUUCCUCUGUGUCUUCGCCAUAAACAACAGCAAAUCCUUCGCCGAUGUGCAUUUGUACAGAGAACAGAUCAAGCGCGUGAAGGACUCGGAUGAUGUUCCAAUGGUCCUAGUGGGGAACAAGUGUGAUUUGGCCAGAACAGUGGACACCAAGCAAGCUCAGGAACUUGCCAGAAGCUACGGUAUAGAGUUUGUAGAAACUUCUGCCAAGACCAGACAGGGAGUCGAGGACGCUUUUUACACCCUCGUCCGUGAGAUCCGACAUUAUCGCAUGAAAAAGCUCAACAGCAGAGAAGACAGGAAGCAGGGCUGUCUGGGCGUGUCCUGUGAAGUCAUGUGACUGCACUGCCUCCCCCUUUGUAUUUGUUUUUUUGUUUUUAGCAGUUUGUUGACCAGGCAGCUGUAAGCCUCAUGACCGUCUGUGCACGCAGACUUCGCCCUCUGCUGGCUGAAAGGGAUUCAUGCACAACUGGUCAUCUUUCCUGUUGGCCUGCUGUAAUAGAAAAAUGAGGCCAUGGGACAUUUAUGUGUUUUAACCGAGGCUCAUUUGUCUCAUUUAGUACUUGGGUUUUCCCACGUCCUUGGGAAGAAAAACGGGCAUUGAGUUCUUAUUUCUUGACUUCUGACCCGUUAUGAACGCAACAGCACAUUGGCAUUGAUGAAAUAAAUUCUAAAUUGCAAAAGGGUGCAUCUCAUAAAAACAUGGCCACAUUUCACCACAAAACUGAAAAAAUGAUUAAGAAAUUAUAUUUUGAAGCUAUUUUAACAUUUUCAUUGACAUUUAUGACUUUCCCUCAGUCAAAUUCUCAUAAUGCAUCUACAGUUUUUACAUGUACACUACCAGUCAAAAGUUUUUGAACAGUAAGAUUUGUAAUGUUUUUUUUAAACAAGUCUCUUCUGCUCACCUACAUUUGUUUGAUCAAAAAUACUGCAAAAGCAGUAAUAUUGUGAAAUAUUUACUAUUUAAAAUAACUGCUUUCUAUUUGAAUACAUUUUAAAAUGUAAUUUAGUCCUGUGAUCAUCAUUACUUCAGUCUUCAGUGUCACUGAUAUUAUUAUUAUUAUUAUUAUUAUCAAUAUUGAAAACAGAUAGGUACUUUUUUUCAGGAUUCUUUGAUGAAUCAAAAGAUCCAAAGAUCAGCAUUUAUCUGAAAUAAAAAGCUUUUGUACACACUUUUGUAACAAUAUACACUACCAUUCAAAAGCUUGGAGUCAGUAUAAUUUUUUUUUUUGGCUGAUGAUAAAGACAUUUAUAAUGCUACAUAAGAUUUCUGUUUCAGAUAAAUGCUGUUUUUCUUAACUUUAUUUUUAUCAAAGAAACCUGAAAAAAUUCCACUCAGUUUACUCAGUCAUGUUUUUUUGAGCAGCAAAUCAGGAUACAAACAUGAUUUCUGAAGGAUCAUGUGACUGGAGUAAUGAUGCUCCCACAGGAAUGAAUUACAUUUUAAAAUAAAUUCAGAUAGAAUACAGCUAUAUUAAAUAGUAAAAAUAUUUUAAAUUUUUCUGUUUUUGCUGUACGUUGGAUUAAAUAAAUGCAGGCUUGGUGAGCAGAAGAGACUUCUGUAAAAAACAUUUAAAAUCUUACUGUUCAAAAAAGGUAAUUCCCCUUAUUUUCACCGGUGAUUUCUAUUGUGGUGUUUCUUUUUUUUCUCAUUAUAGUAAUGAGAAUUAUUGGGGAGAUUUGUCAUCAAAUAGAUGACAAAAAUGUCACAAUGCACAAACUUCUAAUAGUCCUAUAAAUAGUAUUAAUAUUGUUUACCCAAAAUAUAAUUUCAUAUUUAUUCUUUUCAUUUUUAGGGUGAAACCUGGACCCUUUCUUAGCAGCUUUUUUGAGAUUCACCCAAUGUUUUAAUUACAAGUAGUACAUAUUUCAUGCAAGAGAAGGAAUUGUGCUUUUAAAUGGUAUUUAAAUUGGGAUCAAUCAUACUAUCACCAUUUAUCCUUACAUAAAAGCUUUUAUCUUCAGUUCUCUUUAAAAUCUCAGACCUGAGAACGUGAAGUUCCCUUUAAAUCUUAACCCGCAGGUUCAAUGCUCAGGAAUACUGUGAACACAGAAAUUUCAGAAAUGUGUGGAAUUAUUUCUGUUCAUUUCUUUCCCUUUUGCCUUUCUUUUUCUCUCUUUUAUUAUUUUUUGUUGUAGCCAAAGAGUUGUUUAGCAUUUGUUUACCAUUUUCUCUCAUAUACUGUAGUCCCAUACACUCUAGAGUCUAGAGUUUCUUUUAUCCUCUGUGCUCUCAGAUGUUAAUUGUAUAUUUUGACAUAUAAUACAUAAUGACUUAGUUUAGAUACAGAAAAGUCAAUCGGAUAUUACGCAUGUGGUGUGAUGGAUCUUACUUAAAGGGCCUUUUAAAUCAUGGUGCUGCUGGUGUACAUGCCAAAACUGUGUGCCACCUUCUGCGUCCUAUAUAGCAUGACAUCCUUUAGCCCAUGUUAAAUAAUGUCUUAAAUCUUGGAUUUUGUUGAGAUUGUAACAGACCAGUUACGUAAGGUUUGUUGCAAUUUUAUUCAUGCCUGAAGUCUCUUCUUGAGAGCCAGUGAAGGUUCAAGAAGUUCAAACGAUUAUUCGUGUUGAUAUGUUAUUUAUAUGGCAUUUAUCUGAACCUGUGCCUGAUUUUGUUAAUGGUGAAAUCUGAAACAUGUUUCUUUUAACAGUACUGUGUUGUGUUUGGCCUUCUGUCUUGGCUUUAACAGAGGCAGGAUGUUUUCUAGAAGAUACAAACUAAGUUUGCCAUUACAUUAACAAUCCUUUCUUUUUUCAGCUAUAUGAAAACGUGAUUUAUGAUGUAUUUUGCAGCUUUAGCACAAGUUAUUAGUAUCACAGACGUUCUUUAAUCAGAAAAUUGUGAAAAUGAACAUUUCAUAUCCUUUUUUGGGGGGGGGAAUAUUAAUGUGUAACGGAUGUUUAAUGUGCCUACCAUAUUACAAGAAGUUUUACCAGUAAAUUAAUUGGAAACUGA